AUGGGUACGGUGCUGUCGCUGUCUCCCAGCUACCGAAAGGCGGCGCUGUUUGAGGAUGGCCCGGCUACAGUGGGCCACUACACAGCGGUCCAGAACAGCAAGAACGCCAAGGAUGCUGCUGCUGCAGCCGCAAAAUCCCUCAAACGGCCGUCCAUCAUAAGCGUGUUGCCAUGGAAACGGAUUGUGGCUGUAUCAGCAAAGAGGAAGGGGUCCAAGAAGCUGCAGUCAGACGGCGGGGACGGUGGGAAAGGGAGCUCUCCGGACGGUCACGCCACUGCCACAGCCAAUUCAGCCUCCAACAGCCUGAAGCUGAAGAAGUCUCAGUCCUGCGCUAACCUUUCAUCUUACACGUCCAGCCAAGACCCCUCAGCCACCACUACCACUACCUCCUCCCACCUGCCCACCUCCAAGACCCUGGCUAACGUAGCUACUGUCGCUGCCAAAAAGAAUUCCCUCACAGGCUCUGGGAUCCAGCCGUCUACUGCAGCAGGCACGCCGAAACGUGUCAUUGUCCAGGCCUCCACCAGUGAACUGAUGCGCAGCCUGGGUGAGUUCCUGUGCCGCCGGUGUUAUCGACUGAAGCGUCUGUCCCCAACAGAUCCGGUGCUGUGGUUGCGCAGUGUGGACCGCUCCCUCCUCCUACAGGGCUGGCAGGAUCAGGGCUUCAUCACUCCUGCCAAUGUGGUCUUCCUGUAUAUGCUGUGCCGUGACGUGGUCUCAGCCGAGGUGGCCUCGGAACGCGAGCUGCAAGCCUCGUUGCUCACCUGCCUCUACCUGUCCUACUCCUACAUGGGCAACGAGAUCUCCUACCCGCUGAAGCCCUUCCUGGUCGAGGCGGAGAAGGAAGCCUUCUGGGACCGCUGCCUGGAGAUCAUCAACCGCAUGAGUGGCAAGAUGCUCCAGAUCAACACCGACCCCCAUUUCUUUACCCAGGUGUUUGCUGACCUGAAGAACGAGAGCAAGAAAGAAGAGGAGAAGACCAAACUCCUCAUAGGCCUUGACCGAUAAGAGGAAGCUGGAAGGGGGGUGUGGGUGGUUGGAUAGAAAGAUUGAUGGAGUUAAUAGGUUGGAGAGGGUAGGACUAACAUAAUGCAUUGUAGCGCUACCUUGGAGCAGUACUGUUGUCUGGCGUCUCUACUGGUUUAUGAUUAACUAAAUUUCCUGUUUGUACCCCAGAACAAAGAGCCUCUGGGAACGAACCUGGUGUUUAAAUGAUUUUAGUCGGGCAAUGAGCCACCUAAACACCGACAGGCUUUCAGACAAAUCGGCAGUGUCUUGU